CCUCCCAGCAAGACGAUGCCAACAAUAAAUUAUUUGUAAGUUAUGCCCACGUGUUAUUGGCGCCCAUGUGAGCAUUUUUAAUUUUUUUAACUCGAAUUAAUUUGAUUGGUUGUAUAACUAUGCCAACCAAUCAAAAUUAAGUAUUUGUGAUGACGACAGGUGCACGUGACUGUUGUUUUGGAGUUUUCAAGCAGCAACAUUUUUUGUUAUCAGAACUCGGAAUUAACACAAAGCGAAAACUAAGUAGAAUUUUUUUAGCCAGAAGUUAAGUUGUACUUUAUUUAAAUAUGAGUUUAGAAACUCUUCUAGAGGCUGCUAAAGUUGUCGAACAAAGAGAAAACGCUGGCAAAUAUACAAUCGGAAAUAGAAAAGAUAGAAAAUUCGCUAAAAGAUCACAAACAUAUAGAGCUACUCAUAACCAAUUGGAGAAAAAUAGACGAGCACAUUUACGAGAUUGUUUGGUUUCGCUACGAGAUUUAGUCCCAAAUUCACCGGAUACAUCUAAAGUAACAACCUUAAGUCUCUUACAAAGUGCUAAACAAUAUAUUAAAGUCUUAGAAAAUCAUGAUCGCGAAUCACAAUCUAUUAAACGAACUUUAUGCCUUGAACAACAACAUUUACGUAAAAAAUUAGCCGCCCUUAUGAACGGUUUUGAUAUUUCUUCUGACUCUAGUAUACUAAGUCCUGAAACUUCAAUUUCAUCAAUCGAAGAAGAACUAAUAGACGUUGAAAAUGACGACGAAACAGGUUAUGGCAGUGCCGAUGACCGAAACUCGACUUCUUCUAGUAGUAGCAGUCUUAAUAGUGUAUUAUAAUAAGUAAAUUAUAUUUUUGCUAUCCAGAAAAAUUGUAAGUAGUUAGAGAAUUUGUUGGAAAUAUAAAAUAUUGUAUUUAUGUAGAGUUUGGAAAACAACCUUUUUUAGUUUAUGUAAGUUUAAUAAGAAAAAAUCGUAUUGAAUUAAGAAUUAUAUUUAUUUUCUCCUUUUCUUGUUUUAAAGAAAUUAAGAACUCGUUUUGUGUAAAUUUUUAUUUUCAAAAUAUUUGUUGAAUAGUUUUUUGUUUAAUUAAGUUAUUUGAGGACAAGUCUAUGAUGAUAAAAAUAGCAUCUUCUUGAGAGUUUUUGUUUAGCAAUUACUUUUAAAACGUUUACUUAAAUCUCUUUUAUAAACUCGUUUUUUAAACCGACAAUAUCAGCUAAGUAUAAUAUUGACUUGUCCUUUUGUCAAUGAUUAAAAUCGCAACUCGCCCUGGCAAGUUUAUGCUUGACUUUUUUUUUUAUUUGUUUAAACAACGAUUUCCUAUAUAAAUUAUUUCAUAUGUCAAGAUUUAUUUAUUGUAAUUUAUCUGGACUAAUUCCAUUGUUUAGUUUAA